AUGGAUGUCGUCCAGGCAGUCUCCGGCUACAUCUCCAAGAUGGUGUCGGCCGGAGACAGCGCAACCGGCGGUCCGUCCGCCAAGAUGAAGAUACUUUUGCUGGACAAAGAUACCGUGUCUAUCGUGUCCACGGCCAUCACUCAGUCAUCGCUCCUCAACCACGAGGUCUAUCUCAUCGAUCGCCUCGACAACCAGAGCCGUGAGAAGAUGCGCCACCUGCGGUGCUUGUGUUUCGUGCGCCCCUCCUCGGAUUCUAUUCAGUUCUUGAUAGACGAGCUGAGGGAUCCCAAGUACGGCGAGUACUACCUAUACUUCAGCAAUGUCGUCAAGAAGUCGGCACUGGAGAGACUGGCCGAGGCAGAUGACCACGAAAUCGUCAAGCUGGUCCAGGAGCACUUUGCAGACUUCCUUGUUAUAAACCCUGACUUAUUUUCCCUCAACCUGACGCUUCCCCAACAGCGGAUAUGGAGCGGCAACCCAGACAUGUGGAACACAGACGCCCUCCAGCGAUCUACAGAAGGCCUCAUGGCAGUACUGCUGUCGCUCAAAAAGAAGCCUCUUAUCAGAUAUGAGAAGAACAGCUUAUUGGCCAAGAAGCUGGCUACCGAGGUCCGGUAUAACAUCACUCAGGAGGAGCAACUGUUCGACUUCCGCAGAGUGGAUACCCCGCCCAUACUACUUAUUCUAGACCGCAGGGAAGAUCCAGCCACACCACUGUUGAACCAAUGGACGUAUCAAGCAAUGGUGCAUCACCUGCUCGGCAUCAACAACGGAAGAGUCGAUCUGGGCGAUGUCCCCGAGAUCCGGCCCGAGUUGAGAGAGAUUGUCUUGUCACAGGACCAGGACCCCUUCUUUAAGAAGAACAUGUACCUCAACUUUGGCGACCUUGGAGGGAACAUCAAAGACUACGUGGAGCAGUACCAGUCCAAGACAAAGAACAAUGCAAACAUCGAAUCCAUCACGGACAUGAAACGAUUCAUCGAAGAAUACCCCGAGUUCCGGAAACUCUCCGGGAAUGUUAGCAAGCACGUCACGUUGGUGUCCGAGCUCAGUCGCCGAGUCGGAUCGGAGAAUCUACUCGAGGUCAGCGAAGUAGAACAAAGCUUAGCAUGUAAUGACAACCAUGCCACAGAUCUCAAGAACGUACAAAGGUUGAUACAAAACCCAUCGGUCACGGGUGACGCAAAGGUUGGAUUAGUGGCGCUAUAUGCUCUGCGCUAUGAAAAGCACCCUUCAAACUCGCUGCCUAUGCUGGUAGAUCUGCUCACGGCAGCAGGCGGCGUGCCACCUCGACAAGCAGAUCUGAUCGCAAAACUAUUAAUAUAUCACAACUCCCUCCAACAAUCCCAAGCUGCCGGAGGCAUCACCGAUAUCUUCGAGCCGGGUGGCAUAUUCUCAGGCGCUAGAGGUAUAAAGGGGCUGAAGGGUGUAGAGAACGUGUACACUCAACAUUCACCGCACCUCGAGACUACACUACAGAACAUGAUCAAGGGCAGGCUCCGCGAGCAGCAGUACCCGUUCGUCGAAGGAGGAGGCACAACGAGAGAUAAGCCUCAAGACAUCAUAGUCUUCAUCAUCGGAGGCGCGACCUACGAAGAGUCGAAGAUGGUAGCCGGUAUCAACGCGUCAUCACCUGGUGUCAGAGUGGUUCUGGGGGGGACUGCAAUACAUAAUGCUGCCACAUUUUUGGAGGAAGUGGAUGAUGCUGUAUCAUCGUGGCCAGAGCCCCCGCCAACUACAGUGGCCGGAAGACUGCGGAAGGAAGGACAGGCUCAAGUAACUCGCCACAACAGUUGCUAUCGACCCGACGAGAUGCAGAAGGUCUGGACCCCGCGAGGGCUCGGCAGGCCGAUCGUGAUCGCACGGCGGCGCUUCCCCAAUCCGUGCUACAGGCGGAGGACGUUCGCCACCGUGACGCAAGAUACCAGGCCCUUUGAUGUCGUCGUCGUAGGCGGCGGACAUGCCGGAACCGAAGCUUGCGCCGCAGCAGCGCGUUCGGGCGCCCGUACCGCCCUCAUUACCCCGAAACUCGACAACCUCGGCGUGUGCAGCUGCAAUCCCUCUUUUGGCGGCAUCGGGAAGGGCACUAUAAUACGAGAGAUCGAUGCGCUCGAUGGCGUUGCUGGUAGAAUCAUCGACAAGGCGGGUGUUCAGUUCAAAGUUCUCAACCGCCGGAAGGGCCCCGCCGUUUGGGGACCACGCGCCCAGAUCGACCGGGCGUUGUACAACAGAUACAUGCGCGAGGAGCUCCAGGGAUAUGAAAAUUUGAGCAUCAUUGAGGGCAGUGUGAGCGAUAUUGUCGUUGGUGCAGCGGAAGAGGGUGACGCUGGGGGUAAGGCCAAGAGCAAGAUAACUGGCGUCAGGUUGGAAUCUGGGGAGGUACUGCCGACGACACAGAUCAUCAUCACAACCGGAACCUUCCUGGGUGGAGAAAUACACAUCGGGCUUGAGAAGUAUCCAGCGGGUCGAAUCGGCGAGAAGGCCACCUUCGGGUUGAGCAAGUCAUUAAAAGAGGCGGGAUUCCAACUCGGCAGGUUAAAGACUGGAACGCCACCCCGUCUGUCGAAGAAGAGCAUCGACUUCGGCAUCUUAGAAGAGCAGAUGGGAGAUGAUCCGCCACAUCCAUUCAGCUACUUGAACGAAAAGGUUUCGGUGCAAGACCAGCUCCUAUGCUGGGCAACAUAUACCAAUCACGCCACACACGACGUGGUGCGCGCCAAUCUAGACAAAACGAUACAUAUCCGUGAAAGCGUUAAGGGCCCACGCUAUUGCCCAUCGCUCGAAUCAAAGAUAAUACGUUUCUCAGAAAAGGAACGGCAUAUCGUGUGGCUUGAGCCCGAAGGGUUCGACAACGACGUUAUUUACCCGAAUGGUCUCUCUAUGACCGUUCCCGCAGAAGCGCAAGAACAGCUUCUACGGACUAUCCGGGGUCUAGAGAAUGUAGAAAUGCUACAACCCGGCUAUGGUGUUGAGUAUGACUACGUUGACCCUCGCAGCUUGAAAUCUACCCUUGAGACAAAGGCUAUCUCCGGGCUGUUCCUCGCCGGACAAAUCAACGGCACCACGGGAUACGAAGAAGCUGCCGGUCAAGGUAUCAUUGCCGGUAUCAACGCUGGUCGCGCGGCUCAAGGCAAGCCCCAGGUCUCCGUGACGCGGGCUGACGGCUACAUUGGAAUCAUGAUUGAUGAUCUCAUCACAAAGGGCGUGUCGGAGCCAUACCGUAUGUUCACUAGCCGAUCUGAAUACCGCAUGUCACAUCGCGCCGAUAACGCAGACAUGCGCCUGACGGAGCUAGGCCGCGCAUGGGGCGUCGUGGGCGACAAACGCUGGAGCCACUUCACAGACACUAAGGCCCAAAUGGAAGAGCUGACGGGACAUCUGGAGCGCUUCACCCUCACAGCGCCGAACUGGGUCGCCGCGGGCUUCAAGGCACGUGUUGACGCCAAGCAUCGCUCGGCGCUCGAGAUCCUGCGCCUCGCCGGCGUCAAGCUCGCCGACUUGCACGAGCGCAUCCCCGAGGUCCGUUCCUAUUCUGACCAUGUCCAGGGCCGCGUCGGUAUCGAAGCAGUCUAUGCGCCGUACGUGGCCAUGCAGCGAGCCGAGCAGGCGCUCUUCGCUAAGGACGAGUCCCUGACGCUGCCUACCGACCUGGACUAUGACAGCGUGUUCGGGCUGUCGUUCCACGAGAAGGCUAUCCUCAACGCGACGCGACCUGAGAGCAUCGGCCAGGCGAGGCGGAUCGAAGGCGUCACGCCCUCGGGCUGCGUCAGGCUUCUCAGCUUCGUCACCCGCAGCGAGCGGUUCAAGGAGGCCAUGGGUGGACGGGACGAGCUGGCUCCCCUAGGAGCUGAGGUCGACGGCCUGGAUGCAGAUGCUCGGGGCCAGGAACUCUAG